AAAGAGGCGCUCUGCAGAGAGUACGAAGAAAGACAGUGGAGAAAGACAAUGGAAAUGUCAAAACUGCUGACAGAAAAAGAGGAGCUGGAAUUAAAAAUUCAGGAGCUUUUCAACUGACCAAAGAAAAGGAGCAACUCUGCGAAGAAUAUGAAGAAAAGCUGAGCAGGAAAAGUAGCUCCGAUGAGUCUGGGCAGCUGGACAAACUCAGACGGGAGAAUGAGAGUCUCAGCUGCCAGGUUCAAAGAUUCGCUGGAGAAAAAGCAGAGCUCCUGCGAGAAAAUAAUCAUCUUAAAGAAGAACUUUAUAGAAAGACAAUGGAAAUGUCAAAACUGCUGACAGAAAAAGAGGAGCUGGAAUUAAAAAUUCAGGAGCUUACAAAUAAACAAUUCCAACUGGCCAAAGAAAAAGAGGAACUCUGCAAACAGUAUGAAAAAAAGCUGAUCAGGGAAAAGUAGCUCCGAUGAGUCUGGGCAGCUGAACAAACUCAGACGGGAGAAUGAGCGUCUCAGCUGCAAGGUUCAAAAAUACGCUGGAGAAAAAGUGGACCUCCUAUGAGAAAAUAAUGACCUUAAAGAAGAACUUUAUAGGUGAGAAAUAUUGAAAUAGCAA